UUGUAGAUGAAGCGUUUGAUGGAAUAUAUUAUAUUCGAAAUACUAAUUAUUACUUUGUUAUUUGGUGAUAACAUGGCCAGUGAAGAUAAUAAACAAAAUGAAGAAAUAAGGAUUCGGACGAAACGAUAUCUUUUUGGUUACGGUAGUUUUGGAGGGUUUUCAGUAUUUCCAUUCUUCAGCAUGGGUUGGGGUCAUUUCGGCGGAGGACUAAGUCCUUGGGGAUGGGGAGCUCCGUGGAUAGGACCAGGAGUUUGGAAUUAUGGCCCAUCUUGGGGUUGCGCAUUUUGUUGACAACUAAAAAGCAUCAAAAUUGGAGGUUGGAUUGAUAUAUAUAUAUGAAUAUAUUUUUAUUUAACCUAAAUGUAAUUGCUUCUUCGUUUCUGAUUGUCAUUGCUAAUAAACAUUAUUGAACUUCGUUUUCAAACUUAAAUUUCAUAAAAUUGGCGGUG